UUAUCGGGUCUUAAUACUAGUUUCUUUAACAUUGGAAAAGAAAGAAGCGAGAGAAACAUCCAGUAAAGAAUUGGGUUCCUCACUUCCUCUUCUGCAAAAAAAAAAAAAAAAAAAAAAAAAAAAACAUACAGUGAAGAAAGCUCAACGAUCGGGAGUUUGUAGAAUUAAGAAGAAGAUGAUGGUAGUUCUUACUUCUUUAUGAGCACUCAUGUAUAACAUGGUUACAAGACUUGAUUGUAGCUUGAAUUAGUCAUCACUUAUCAGUCAUUUCAAUGGAGAACGAAGAUGGGAUUGAAAAAGACAAACCCUUGGAGGAGAGAGAAGAAGCAGAAGAUGGGUUAGAGGAAGAAGAAGAAGAAAAAGAGGAGGAAGAAGAUGAAGAUGGUGAUGGUGUUGAGGAGGGAGAAGGUGAUGAUGAAAUCGAGGAAGACGGGGAGGAAGAAUGUUCAGUGAGAUUUGAAGGGGAGAUGAACCCUUUGGAUUUGGUUAAAGAUGUAAGUUCUGAAAUUCAACUCUAUCAACAGUUCGAACGCCUUGAACAUGAAGCCUUGGCCGAGAAGAAGCGAAUGGUCAUUGCUGCUAUUCAAGGGCAAGGAAAAGGGCCAGUUAAGAAGAGGCCGAGGCAAGAGAUACACGCUGGUGCAACCUAUGAGGAAAUGGUGGAUGUGAUGGCUUAUGUUGAUCGGAGACGAGGCAGAAAGGCUAAGAAGAGAGGGAGGCGUAAAGGAUCAAAAAACAAGCUUAGCCUUGAAAUCACGAAGAAGCUUGGUGAUGCUACUCUUCAUUAUGCGCAUGGCCGUUAUGAAGAUGCUAUCAGCUUGUUGACUGAAGUUGUUCGAUUGGCCCCAAAUCUACCGGAUCCAUAUCACACACUUGGUCUCGUAUAUAAUUCUAUGGGGGACAAAAGGAGAUCUAUGAAUUCCUAUUUGAUUGCUGCAUAUGUUGGUCCAAAAGAUUCCUCUCUCUGGAAACCUCUUGUCACUUCGUCCAUAGAGCAAGGACUCAUUGAGCAGGCCAGUUGGUGUCUUAAUAAGGCAAUUUCUGCUGAUCCAGCUGAUAUUACACUUAGGUACCGCCGUGCUUCACUCGACAUGGAGACAGGAGCUUAUUUAAAAGCGGCUGAAUCAUAUGAACAGAUAGCCAAACUAUGUCCUGAUAAUGUUGAAGCACUCAAAACUGCGGCAACGUUGUACAAGCAAGCUGGCCAGAUUGAACGUUCAACUAUCAUCUUGGAGGACUACCUUAACAAGCAUCCUUCUGAAGCUGAUCUAACUGUCGUUGAUAUGUUGGCUUUAUCAUUCAUGGAAAGCAAUUUGUAUACUAAAGCUCUUCAAUACAUUGAGCAUGCAAAGAAAGUAUGUGGUUUUGUAAAAGAGUUGCCGUUAUGUCUGAGAGUUCGAGAAGGCAUAAGCCAUGCUCAUCUUGGGAAUAUGGAGAAAGCUGAGAUUUGUUUCAGUCCUCUGCAAAGGGAAAACGCGGAGCAUCAGAUGGACUUAAUAAUUGCAGUGGCUAACUGUUAUGUGGAUCUUCAUCAACAUGAGUCAGCAUUGAAGUAUUACUUAAUGUUAGAUGGCUUUGCCUCAAAAAACGAAAUUGUAAGUUUGAAAAUUGCUCAAUGCUACUCAGCUUUGGAAGAAGCUUCAUCAGCUAUUCAAUUCUUCUAUAAAGCACUACAAGCACGUGAAGAUGACAUUGAUACUCGUUUAGCUCUAGCUUCCCUUCUCCUUGAGGAGACCAGAGAAGACGAAGCAGUAGAAUUGUUGUCACCUCCAUCCAACCCAGGAUUAUCUAAGGACAUGCAUUCAGAGAUAUUGGAACCUUGGUGGCUUAAUGUGAAAGUGAAGUUGAAGUUAUCUCAUAUUUAUAGAACUAAAGGGAUGCUUGAGUCCUUUGUUGAAGUUAUCUACCCGAUUAUACAUGAAUCGCUGAAAAUCGAUUCGAUUCACCAGAAGGCUAAACAGAAGAGAAGACUCUCAAUGAGUGAACUGUCGGAGAGAGUUAAAGUUCUUGGUGAUCAUCAAACUGAUUCUGUCUUUAGUAAUUUCAGAAGACUAGCUUCCAAAAAUGAUCUGUUAAAAGCUAAUAGGGCUAAAAAGCUACUUGACAAGAGGGCAACAUCAAAAGAAGAGAAGAUAUCUGCUGCGAUGGCUGCUGGACUUGAUUGGGAAAGUGAUGAUUCAGAAGAUGAAUUUCCGCAACAGCCACUGAAGGAGCCUCCGUUGCCUGAUCUCUUUAAGGACGAGGAGCAUUAUAACCUCAUUUCAGAUCUAUGCAUUGCAUUGACAUCUUUGAGAAGGUAUAGUGAGGCUUUAGAACUUAUUAAGCUCACUUUGAAAAUAACUUACAAGACGCUUUCAGCGGAGAAGAAGGAUAAAUUUUGGUCCCUUGGUGCUCAUAUAGCCUUAAACGUUACUGAUCCCUCUGAUGGGUUUGACUAUGUACGCUACAUAGUUCAGCAGCGUCCACAGAGUAUUGCUGCCUGGAAUUGCUAUUACCGAUUAGUCUUAAGAUUAGAGAACCGGCUCUCGAAGCAUAACAAGUUCCUGCAUCAUAUGCGAGUUGAACAGAAGGAUUUGGUGCCACCCAUGAUCAUUUCUGGAAAUCAGUUUACAAUGAUCAGUCAACACCAAGUAGCUGCGAGGGAAUACUUGGAAGCAUAUAAACAGAUGCCAGAUUCCUCAUUGAUCAAUUUAUGCGCCGGGACUGCCUUGGUGAAUUUAGCCCUUGGACAUAGACUUCAAAAUAAGCAUCAAUGUGUUGCACAAGGCUUAGCAUUCCUUUACAAUAAUCUGAAAUUUUGUGAAAAUAGCCAGGAAGCGUUGUAUAAUAUUGCUCGUGCGUACCACCAUGUAGGACUUGUCUCAUUGGCAGCUACUUACUAUGAGAAGGUCCUUGCAAUUUCACAAGAGGACUGCCCCUUACCGGAGCUUAUUAAAGUGAACAAAGAUCCCACUAAAGAUCUGAAAUCCGGCUAUUGUGACCUCAGGAGAGAAGCGGCGUACAAUUUACACUUGAUCUACAAAAGAAGUGGAGCCCUUGAUCUUGCAAGGCAGAUCUUGAAGGAUCACUGCACCUUAUGAGAACCGGACUGUUCUGUUCUGAUUUCUUGAUUUGUUGUAUAGAUGUCAGUUUCUUAGUGUGGGAGAGAGAGAAAGGGGGGGGGGGAUCCUUUACUGUGUGACGUUCCGUAGUGUUAAGUGGAAUGCCUAUAUAUGUACACAAGUUGUUGUAUUGUUUAAUGUGAUAGGUUUUUUUUUUGACAUAAUUGUUUAAGCUGAUAGUUGAGGUAGCUCUAGUAAGAUGUUUGUCGCUUGAACAGUUGGUGCUCGCAAAUCAUUUUACGCACCUGUUGUUGUAUCCUUACUAAUCUAAUAAAUAGAGAAAAAAAAAAAGGUACACUUCAUGUACUA